GUGGAAGUCCAGGGAACGAACUUCCACAAAAUACAACCCAUGGUGUGGAGAUCUGGAAAACGAAGAAGGAUGGGGUUCUCGAUAAGGGGCACCGCCUUUCGCCUGAUUUUGCUCUUGGUUGUUGUUCUCCAGUUUUCCUCUUACCCCUGCGAUGCAUCAUCCUCCAAAGCUAAUGAAAAAUGGAUCGCCUUCGCGAAACAUCUGAGGAAGAAGCCGAUUACAGCGCAAGAUCUGAUAGACCGAGUCAAGAGACAAGCAGCUGAUGUGACUCCAGUCCCUCCUGAGAUAGUCCGAUUCCAUGUCGAGUCUCGGAUAGCCGUUCGGUUUGCCAGUACAACGAUCCGAGCCUACAUCCGAAAUCCGGCAUCAGACAGACAAAGCGUCUCAUUCGAUCUGCUGCUCCCACUUAACUCAUACAUCACCGAUUUCAAUAUGAAUGUCGAUGGGGAACGAUACCAGGGUUAUGCUAUCGAUAGAUGUCUAGUCAGCGAUCUAUCGCAACCGGCAGACGUAUCGAUAUCAAGUCUAGAGAAGAUGGAAUAUACUACUGGUGGACAACAAACCAGGAACCUGUUCACCGUGACUGUGGAUACUGUCCCUCGAGGUAACGUCCAGCUUAUGAUACAGUACCAGGAACUACUGGAACGCCAAAAUGGUUGGUACACACAGAGGAUCAGCGUUAGACCAAGUCAGAGUGUGUAUGACUUCCGCAUCUACUCCACAGUGACUGAGCCUCAAGGUAUCGAACGAUCGGAGGCCGGUAUCGAUACUAGAUCUUACACCGAGUCUGUUUCAUCUCUGCUCACUGACAGUAUGGCAGGUCUCCACCGAUCGACUGCCAGUAAUGACAGAGGUAAGGUCUACGACCUCGGUGGUCAUCUCAGAAACACACGGACAUCGGGAACCGGGACGACGCAAUGUCAGAUCGACUACCGCCCAACCCAACAGCAGCAGGAUGGCUACAUGAACCGUUACAAUAUUCCUGGUAUCUACGGAGAUUUCAUCAUCCGGUAUGACAUCGCUCAUCCUCCAGGUGUGGGGGAGGUGCAGACCUCGGGAACCAACUUCAUCCAUCGUUUCGCACCUGCCAACUUUGGAGCUGUGAACAAAAGAGUGGUGUUCGUCCUAGAUUUCAGUGCUUCCAUGUACGGGAAUAAGAUCAAACAGACCAAAGAGGCGAUGUAUACCAUUCUCGACGAGAUGAACGAUCGCGAUCAUUUCAAUAUCUUGCCCUUUUCCGAUUACGUGUACGAUGAUUGGAACCGCGGACGAAUGGUUGAUGUGAACCCAUACAACAUCAACCAUGCCAAGCACUUCAUUCGCGAACUAGACAUUCAAAGAGGGACCAACCUGAACGAUGCCCUGUUAGAGGGUCUCAGUCUCCUUGAAACCACUGGCUCCAUGAACUCGACCAUUUCCAACCCAAUGGUAUGCAUCCUAUUCGUGCUAACGGACGGGAAACCAUCCGUUGGUGUGACGAGUCUCUCCGCUAUCGAACGUAACGUCCGUAACGCCAAUGACCAGCGGUGUUCUAUAGUGACCCUUGGGUUCGGCAAGCUGGUGAACUAUAAUUUCUUGGUGCGACUAGCCCUUCAGAACCGUGGUAUGGCUAGGAGGAUUUAUGAAGACUCGUCUGCUCCCGGACAAUUACGUGGCGUCUACAGCGAGGUUGCCACGCCCCUGCUCUUCAACAUUGUUGUGGAAUACCUCAACAAUGCCGUGCGACCCGGAAGCACUUCAGCCACAACCUUUCCGAACUAUUUCAACGGUUCCGAACUCGCCGUCUCGGGAAUACUCAGUUCCGAUGAUCUCCGAUAUUUGCCGAUCAAGAUUACCGCUGUUGGUGCUGAUGGCGUCACCACCUUUAAAGAGGAUGUCAAUUUGAGGAAUGCAAGACUUUCGCUUAUGCAGAAUCCUCAAACAGUCAACGACCAUACCAUCCCUUCGAACUUCGUUGAGAGGACGUACGCAUUCAUGACAUUGCGAGAGUUGUUCAAUAGGUACCGUCUAGCGGAUGACGCAGUGGAGCGACGCUCCAUAGCCGAGCGUGCCCGUGUCAUAUCACGUCGUUAUAACUUACUGACACCUUUGAUGAGCAUGGUUCUUUCCCGCGUAGCGGAUCCUGGUGAAGAGGGCGAUGAUUGGGUGUCUGUGACAAGGAUUGUCGAGUCUAGACCUAGCGGCUUCGAAUGGUCUAUGGUUGGACCGUCGUUCGGGAGGGUCGGAGAGAUGGCGGCAGGUAUAGGUGGAGCGAAUUGCGACCCUCGUCCUGUAGAGCCUCCACCAACCAGACCUCGUACAAGGCCACCUCCAACUACAACAGAACCGCCCCCAACUAACCCACCAAGGACUUGGCCACCGAGAACAUGGCCUCCGAGGACUUGGCCACCAAGGCCGACCACAACGGAAGCACCAAGAACAAGGCCACCGCCGAGGACUUGGCCACCGCGAACCAGGCCAACUACAACAGAAGCACCAAGAACAUGGCCACCAAGGACUUUGCCACCGCGAACCAGGCCAACUACAACAGAAGCACCAAGAACAAGGCCACCGCCGAGGACUUGGCCACCGCGAACCAGGCCAACUACAACAGAAGCACCAAGAACAAGACCACCACCAAGAACGUGGCCACCAAGGACUUGGCCACCCAGAACUAGGCCAACUACAACAGAAGCGCCAAGAACAAGACCCCCACCAAGAACAUGGCCACCAAUAACUUGGCCACCUAGACCCAGGUAUACUACAACAGAAGCGCCAAGAACGAGACCACCACCAAGAACUUGGCCACCUAGACCCAGGUCUACUACAACAGAAGCGCCAAGAACGAGACCACAACCAAGAACUACGACCAAUGCCCCUGCAGUCCGCCGAGUCGACAAUCCAAUAGUUUUAAGGAGAUAUAACGUGGAGUCAGACACAACUGAACGGUAUGCACGGACAAAAGUCGAGGCCGAGUAUGAGAACGUUGACUAUGAAGACCAUCCUAUCGAGUUCAGCCAACAAAUACCAAGUGGUGCCUACGUAUCUGACUUUUAUGUUGACAUUGAUGGAGAGCGUUACCGCGGUGUUGUUCAGAAUAUCCGUGAUGGCCGUUGGCGUGAUGUCUUUGCUACCAGUAGCAGCGGUCAGGUCCUGGCUGUGCUUGCAAGAAGGGACCCGACGAAAGAUGCGUUUGUGAUGCAGUUGCCAGAGGUUCGACCCAAUGGACGGGCAACCUUCGUCUUGACUUACGAUGAACUCUUGAAACGAGUCAGAGGGCAGUAUGAGCAACGAAUCAACAUCGCACCUCAUCAGCUCGUAGAAGAUCUGGGCAUCGACGUACAGGUGACCGAGCCCCAGAGGAUCCGCGAGAUGACCGCAGAGUAUGACGGUGACACGCGGACUGGAAGACACACCCUGAACCUUGCCACGGGGAUUACGCAGGAUUCAGAUACAAGGUCCCAGUUCAGGUUCUACCCGACGGUCUAUGAUCAGUCGUACUACAAUGAGAAUGGCCUGGAUGGGGAUAUCGUGAUCAAGUACGAUGUCGAGCGUACUCCGGACGGAAGUCAUCUACAGGUACAAGACAACCACUUCGUGCACUUCUUCUCACCAUCCGAACUGGACGCUCUGAAGAAGCAGAUAGUGUUCGUCAUCGAUGUCAGUGCUUCCAUGUACGGAACCAAACUGAGCCAGACCAAAGAAGCUCUCAAGACCAUGUUAGACCGUCUCAACCCCAGAGAUUACUUCAGCAUCAUCACAUUCUCUGAUGGGGUUAGGUACUGGAAAGGGAAUAGUAGGUUGGCACCGGCCAUUCCACGCUAUAUUGAAGAGGCUAAAUCCUACGUCGAUAGCCUCAGGGAUGACUCUGAAACGAACCUCAACGAGGCUAUUCUGAGAGCGGAUGAGCUCCUAGACAGCGAGACUGUGUACAACAGACCGGGUGACGAAUAUCUCAGUAUGAUCAUUCUUCUGACCGACGGCAUCCCUUCGGUGGGCGUCACAGAUCCUCAAGAGAUCCUCGACAACGCCCGGGAGGCUAUCGCUGGGGAGCAUUCCCUCUACACGCUUGGGUUCGGUCGACUGGCAGAUUUCGAUCUUCUUGUCAAGCUGGCUUACGAGAACAAUGGAAUUGCCAGGAUGAUCUACGAAGACUCCAGUGCCACAGAACAGCUUCGUGAUUUCUAUCUAGAGCUGUAUCGACCGCUCUUGUUCGAUGUGUCCAUGGAGUAUCCAGGCGGAGUGGUCAACCCUGACACCCUGACAGAGAGGCGCUUUCCUGUCUACUUCGAUGGAUCGGAGCUUGUGAUAGCCGGGAGACUCGACGACAAUCCACCAUCAAACUAUCUUAGAGGGGUGAUAGAUUCAAUAUCUACUGACGGACCCGACCAGACCAGAGUCAAUUCAGAUAUCAGGAGAACUUCUCCGGAACUGUCUUACCAUCGGACGGUACCAAACGUGGUUGAACGCAUCUGGGUGAUGAAACGGCUUGAGGAUCUGAUCGACAUGUACGCAAGGAGCAGGGAUCCCAUCGAACGUGACGACAUUGCAGAGCGUAUCAUCGUCCUUGCCAAGCGAUAUAACUUGGUAACCCCGCUUACUCCAUUGGCUCUGAGACACCCAAGAACGGGAGACGUGAUCGACGGAAGCAAUAGCGACGAUGUUCCACUUCCGGGUUACAGUUUGGCCAACAGUGCCAGAGAUCUGUUGAAAGAAGCAAUAGGCAAGAAUGGACCGACCACAGCUCCUGUAAAAUUGCAAGAUGCCCCGCUAGCAAUGGAAAACGAUGAAAAUAUCAAUAUUGUUCUUUUCAACGUAAUGUCUUUGAUCAUCCUACGUUAUGCAAUAACGACUGUCGAGGUCGAAAUGCAGAAUGAAGGAAGGGUUCCAGGGCAUGCGGUCUUCAAACAAAAACUUCCAGAAGAUGCCUUCAUCUCUAAUCUCACAAUAACGGUUAACGGAGAGGUGUAUACCAGUGAAGUGACCGACCCACAAGAUACUGCCGGACUGGGGCUGGGAAAACUAGAGAUAGGAAGAAGUGGAGGAAUUCUCUCACCAUUGGGUGAUCUUGAGAACAAUCUUCUGGUGAUAGCUGUUCCAGUUGAACCAGGUGAGAGGGCGUACUUCCGGCUGACCUACGAACGAAAGUUACCAAGACGCCUUGGAUUGUACGAGCAGAAGAUCGGGAUCUUCCCAGAACAGGUAGUUGAAGUGAUGAACCUGGACACCAUCAUCAUCGAACCUCAAGGCCUAUCUCGCCUGGACAGUUACCUCCUCGACCAGUCCGAUGCAUCCAAUCCAAUCUCACUGGCCCGUAGUGUCCAGAAACGUAACAGCAAUCGAUGGGAGGUUCAUUACUCACCCAGGGCGCGAGAACAGAUGGGUGUGUCCCCUAUGGGGAUCAUGGCUGACUAUACCGUGCAGUACGACGUCACCCACGGCAAUGAUGCCGGUGAUAUACAGGUCCUCAACGACUACUUCGUCCAGUACUUCUCGCCAUCAGGUCUUUCGGUUCUCCGCAAGAACAUCAUCUUCGUCAUCGACAUCAGCGGCUCGAUGUCGGGCACCAAACUGUCUCAGGUCAAGGAUGCCUUGUCCACCAUCUUGGAUGAUAUGUCGGAGACGGACAAGUUCAAUAUCCUGCCCUUCUCCGAUGAUGUUCAUUUCCUGGAGCGUUCUGGGAUGCUCUAUUCCACCAAGGAGAAUGUACGCAGGGCGAAGAGAUUCGUCAUGGGUCUUCAGGAAAUGGACAACACCAACCUCCACAAGGCCAUCAUAUCCGGAGUUGAGAUGCUACGUACCGAGAGCGAGCAAGAUCCACAAGACGAGGAAAUCGUCUCCAUGCUCAUCGUCCUCACCGAUGGCAACCCGAACCAUGGCGAGAUUGACAAAACAAUCAUCGAACGUAACGUCCACGAGGCGAUCAAUGGUGAUUUCUCGCUCUUUUGUAUCGGCUUCGGUGCUGAUGCUGACUACCCUUUCUUGAGAAGACUGUCUUUGCAGAACCAUGGUAUCGCACGCCGGAUUCCCGAACGCGCCGACGCCGGAGAACACCUCGAGAACUUCUACUACGAGGUGGCUACCCCUCUGCUCCGUGACAUAGAAUUCCGCUACUCUCGAGGAAUCGAACCAAACUCACUCAGCGAUCGUACCUUCUCAAACUACUUCAACGGAUCCGAGUUGACGGUGGUGGGUAAACUCCUGCCCAAUUCGCCGUAUGAUACACUCAACUCGUAUGUUUACGGAAGGACCACUAACGAUCCGGUUACUCUUAGAGGACAUGGUAAUAUCCAGGUUCCCUCUCGUGCUCUGAUUGGUGAAGAUGUGCCGGAGGAUAUCAUAGAGAGGAUCUGGGCUUAUCACAUCAUCCAAUCCUUGAAGAAUGAACAAGCUCUUGCAGAAGAAUCACCAGAUUACAGCAUGAUCGGGGAUAGUGAAAUCAAAGACAAGUCCGUCCAGUACAGAUUCUUCAACCCUUCUACUGCGUUGUUGAUCAGUCGAGAUGACCAGGGAUCACGUCGGGUGAAUCCAUUUGGCAUGAGAGUCAUCACCUCACCAUUGCCCCGUACCGCUCGAAAGACACUCUCCAGGAACUACACCGUCAUCCCACCUGCUCCUAUCCCUGCACCAGAACCUCUUUCUGCAGGAUUCACCAUAGCUGUACCAAAGGUUGAGAUCACCGUGUGCUUAGACGAGGAUCCUCAAGACAAUGACGUCAUUGCUCUAUUAGAAGAUCCAUUGCAAGGUAUCUUUGUGAAUGGGCGAAUCGUCGGGGACACUGUCUCUGGUCGAUUCGGAGACAGAGAUCGCACUUACAUCGGCGAAAUCGCCAUUGUCCUCAACUCGCCCCAGCCAUCCAGACAUCGCCUCAAGUUCAACUCUGGUGGUAUAGCCGUCGACUCCAGUCGUCCUUUGCGUUGGGGAAUCACCUCUGCGUAUACCUUUGGAGCUCACUCGCUGGAGGUCAAUGGACUUCACGUGGUAGUGUCGCUGGCGAACGGUGCUAGGUUUGAGAUAAUGAGCAAACGACUGGAUUCCAACACGGACAGACAUCGGCCCGAUGCCUUUACAUUCAACGUUCUUGAUAAUACCGGCCUAACAUCUUCUGUCGAUGGUAUCAUAGGUCGCUUCCAACACGCCAGUGUGAUGCUUGACCAACCCAACCAACAGCUCUCUUCAAGAUCUUCAGCAGGGUGUGGCCUGUCUCUGUCCCGUAGCCGAGCCGUCAGCGUCAACUUAACUUGGCGGAAGAAUGGCCUUGCUGGGGCACGCGAUGUCUGUGAGGCACUUGGUAGCGAUACGUUGUCGAACAACAUAAACGGACUCCAGUAUACUGAUUUUAGACGCGCUAGUCUCUAUUCGACCGUCUAGACUAGGAAAGCAGUUUGUUCUGUAUUAGUACUGCAAAUAUAAAACAUGUUGACUAUAAUUACGUAUCAUAUGUUGUCGGAAAACACAGUUGUAUUCAUUCGGAUGAGUAUAAAAUUGAGUAUAGAAUAAAUUUACAUAUCUAUUUAUAUUUACAUCGAUGUAUAUAAAUCAUGUUUGGAAUAUUGCAGCAGUUGGCUUUGAGUCUAUAUAGAAAAUGUGUAUGUACGUGUACAUAAAUAGUUAAGAUUGGAUAUAAAGUCAGUAAAACGAUAGAGGUGAUGAUUUUCAUUGGUAUACAAAUAUAAUACAAUUUACAUGUAUAUCAGUUUGAUAGUGAACUUUGUAUUACAUGUAUGUUAUCUGUGUAAAGUCACAUGGAUUUGAAAGGAAGACCUUCGGGUUAUAGUUAUUUAGUUAAUCUUUUUCCUUUCCCGGCAUCCAUGUGACUCUCCUUAUCCUAAUUGUUUGUAUAUGUUGUUUAUGCGUUUGAUUAUGCCGAAUAAAAUAAUAAUAAUAAUAACUUGAGUGUUGUAAAAAUAUUGUUGAUGACAGAAGAAUAAACUACCAAGUAAUAAAUAAACAUAUGUCUGAAUCAGAUGCACGGAUUGAUUCGGCAUAUUUUAUUUGUCAAACUUUUCGGUUCAAAGUUUUAAAAUAAGUUUAUAUUUCAUGGUGAUUUCAAAUCUAGACUGCUAGAGAAAUUCAUGUACAUAUAUUGCAAUCCGUCACAAAUAUCGAUAUCGUUUUAUGGCACAGCCCCUGGCAUAGGAUGAAAGUAGCCCUCUACGGCCAGGAAUUGCAUUAGUAACUCUUCCAUGACCAUGAUCAUGAUGACUUUCAAUCACAUUUGAUUACUAUAAAAGUAGUGAUAAAAAAGUUGAUAUGUUACAUGUGUUUGUGUUGUGUUCUCGUAUAAAUGUUAAAUGAGUUUGUGUUGUGUUCUCGUAUUCAUAAGCCCAAUUUCCCCUGAAAAUGCUUGAUACAAAAUAGCUCAUGUGCAUGUAGCUACUGUUGUAUUCAACAUUACACAAAAGUGGGAAGGUGUUGAUGUAUUAUUUAUUUUAAAAAAUGCCCCCCUCUCUCUUUAAAAAAAUAAAAAAUCAGUGUUUCAAAUAGGGAUAUGUCAA